AGAUUAGUACUGUACAGGUCACUAUAAUCUCUACAUACCAUGUGCAUAAAAUGUCCCCACAAACAGUUCAGCCAGAGCCUCCAGGAUUAUUCGCAGGCGGCCAGAAUCAUCUGCCAGAAACCUGCAGAAACCACUAUCUUUCAGCCAGUGUUUCAAGAGUGUUAUACUUUGCCUUCUUAAAUUACUCCAGAUUAAUAAUUCAACUGAUACCUUUGUAACCGAAGCCUACUAAUUCUGUUUGUGCCUCCAGAGAGUUCAGGUGCGGCUACAUCUGUUUAUUGUGUAUGUGUUUUUUUUUUGGAUUGGUGUAAUUGAAGAUUUUAACUGAGACGUUUCUUCACCACCACAACCUCCUCCUCCUCCUCCUCGAGCUCUUUAUCUAAGCAGAAGAUUUUUUUUUUUUUCCAAUGCCGGUUCCAAGCAAGCAUACAAACAUUAGCCGUUCUCAUAGCUGGGAUGCUGCAGGUUUGUAUGACAGCAGCUGGGAAGAAGGCAACUCACCAGGAUAUCAGAGAGCAGUCGGCAGAAAAAAUUCUCUGACCUACAACGGAGAGGAAGCAUUUUACAAGCUGCCAAACAGCAGAUCCCGCGAUAUUAUCUUGUCAGACUGCUCGGAGAUAAAGACGGACCUUUGUUCAUACCCAGACACUUAUAUCCGAGGUCAGCAAGGUCACUCAGUGGUUCAGAAUCGCAGGCCAGUUAGAAACCGCUCAGUUCCAGACUUCUCCGGUCCCUACGAGAGACAGGUGGCAAUGUCUACGCGUGGGUCUGUGCAAACGCAUGACUACUAUAAUGAUCCGUCUAUGUCUAGUAGAUCACUGGAGGAUCCUCGUUAUUACAGAGAGCAUGCACUGAAUCGUGCCGGACAGAGCUAUGGGGCACCUGUAAGCCGAACAGUUUGGGAACAAACUCCAACUCGAUCUUUCCAAACACAGGACGCAGGUCGUCUGUACAGAAACCACACGGGUAGAGUUCUCACGGAGGGGCAGCGUUCUCGGAGUCGUGAUUGCUCUCCAGCAAGAUACACAGUUGAAACACCGAACCCCAGGUAUGGCUCGGAGGCGAAUGCAUUCCCCAGCAGACAAAUUUAUAAUGAGAUGGUGGAAAGAUCCAUUGAUCCUUUAACAGGGAGACAAACCGCUCCUACCUGCUUAGUGGUGGAGUCUAGUGAAGCUGCUGCUAUGGAUGGUACCCUAGGGACAUCUUCUAUUUCAGGAAAUCGUGGGUAUACUUCAGCAAGAGAUAAUGUCAGUGCUAAGAUGGCUUAUGAUACAUAUGAGAACUCUCUGGCUCAGUCUCAAGCUCAGAUGCCACAAGUAGACAUGGAAUUCCUCACUACACUGCGGAAUGAAGGCCUGUCCGAGGGUACUAUCAACGCAUUGAUUCAGCAUGGGUUCGACACGCCCAGUUCAUUGGCUGUCAUGGAAGAGCAUGACCUAAAAUCAGUAGCUGCUAAUCUUGGACAGGCAAGAUUGCUUUCAGGGCUUAUCAAGAGCUAUCGAACAGAUCUACAAAUGUUAAGACAAGAUCAGCAGAAAACUAACUCUCUAAGAACUCGAGCUCGCUCCAGUAGCUUCAGUCAUCGUGGGGACAUUAUGCGCAGUGAAUUAGUUGGGCAAACUCUUACUAAUCCCAUCAUGGAUGGGUCUACCAAUCCACAGGCUAAUUUAUCACUACAGCCAGUCUCACCCCGCAUGGCUGAACUCAACCGUCGUCCUUCCAGUGCUCCAUCCCAGCACCUCCUGGAGACAGCCAGCUACCCUUCCUGUGGAAUGAACACCCAAAAUCCACAUUUUAUUGGUAGUGUUGGAUAUGUACAGCCUCGUCCUGCCUCUGCCUACAUUGCUCAGUCUGGUGUUCCCAUGACUGUUGUGCACAGUAAUUUAAAUCCUGUGCCAAAAACGGCUUACCCCACGAGUUACACUGUGCCCAUGGAGCUCAUGAAGAGAGAGCGCCUACCUCCCACCUCUCCUUUGCACAGCCCUCACUGCAGCCCCCAGCUUCUACGCAAACAAGGAAGUCAUCUGGAUACCACUCUUAAUUUGCCACCACCUGCUAUAUCCAGUCAGCAUGGGCUCAAUUCACCCUACCAAAAAGUAACCAGAAGAACCGGACCCCCUGUUAUUGUCUCCACCAUGGCAUCACCAGAACAAAGUAUGCGGCCACAGACUGUGAAUGGUCCCAUGCAUCCACGUCCACUGGUUGCUCUGCUGGAUGGAAGGGACUGCACAGUGGAGAUGCCAAUCCUCAAAGACCUGGCUACAGUGGCAUUCUGCGAUGCCCAGUCCACACAGGAGAUCCACGAAAAGGUUUUGAAUGAAGCAGUGGGUGCCAUGAUGUAUCACACCAUUACCCUGACACGUGAAGACCUGGAAAAGUUCAAAUCUCUUCGGGUCAUAGUGCGAAUAGGCAGUGGAUAUGACAACAUUGACAUCAAGGCAGCUGGAGAUAUGGGGGUGGCCGUGUGUAACAUUCCUUCAGCAGCUGUGGAGGAGACAGCAGAUUCAACUAUUUGCCACAUCCUUAAUCUUUACCGAAGGAACACGUGGCUUUAUCAGGCACUGCGGGAUGGGACACGGGUGCAAAGUGUGGAGCAGAUCAGGGAGGUGGCUUCAGGUGCAGCCCGGGUGCGUGGGGAGACCCUUGGCCUCCUAGGAUUUGGACGUGUCGGUCAGGCGGUGGCUGUAAGAGCAAAGGUAUUCGGAUUCAACAUUAUCUUUUAUGACCCGUACCUUCAGGACGGCACCGAGCGCUCACUAGGGGUGCAGAGAGUCUAUACAUUGCAGGACUUGCUCUACCAAAGUGACUGUGUUUCUCUGCACUGCAGCCUUAACGAGCAUAACCACCACCUCAUUAACGACUUCACAAUCAAACAGAUGAGGCAAGGAGCCUUCCUGGUAAACACAGCAAGAGGCGGCCUUGUGGAUGAGAAAGCACUAGCACAAGCUCUGAAGGAGGGCAGAAUACGAGGAGCCGCUCUGGAUGUGCAUGAAUCUGAACCUUUUCUGUUUGCUCAGGGUGCUCUGAAAGAAGCCCCAAAUCUUAUCUGCACCCCGCACACUGCAUGGUACAGUGAGCAGGCAUCCCUGGAAAUGAGGGAAGCUGCUGCUACUGAAAUGCGUCGAGCUGUCACAGGUCGCAUUCCAGAUAGUCUCAGAAACUGUGUGAACAAGGAAUUUUUAGUGGCAUCCGCCCAAUGGCCUACGCUGGAACAACAAGGAGCCAAUGUAGAGCUUAAUGGAGCCACCUACAGAUCUGUGUGUGUCCAGCCAUUGCAGGGAGAGAAGCGCUGAAUAUCAACUACAAUCUAUUCCCCACUGGUGUCCAUCACAUCAGCCAGCAAACCCACCGUCUGAGCAGAGAUAUUUCCACUUUCCAUAACCUUCCCCGGGGAACCUGC